AUGACCAAGACGGUGAUGAUGAUGAUGGCCCAACUAACGACGGCGACGGAGCAGAUCGACUUGACGGCGGAAGACAGUCGCUGUAUCUUAUUACUCGACUUUCGGAAGGCCUACGAUACUGUGGACCGAGAUUUCUUAUACGAGUCCAUGCGUCUAUUUGGUUUUACAGAAAGCUUUAUUGACCUCAUCUGUCGGAUCCACACGGGCACGACUGCAACUUUUGUCGUUAAUGGAGGUCAAUCCUCCGCGCUCCCGGUGCGUUCCGGAAUCCGGCAAGGCUGCCCGCUUGCGCCUCUCCUCUUUUACUCGUAG